GCUGAGGUUCGUUAUCGGAGAGCAGGGGCAUUCGUUCCAUCUCUGUCUCUCUCCCGCAUAACUACUACACUAUAGCAUAGCGGAUAGCCAUAGCCGCCUACCGUCCGUUUUCGAUCCUCGCCCGAGGUUCCAUUUCAUCAGACCGACUGGAUGAAUGAACGCUUUUUCCAUUUUCCGCAACUACAAACAAUUAACAAAUGAAAGAAGCUGUUUCUGAUCAUUUUCUCUUCUAUAACUACACUAACUGUGGCGCGAUGAGCGUCGGCCACGGUUAAAAACGAACCCACGGUUUCCGUCGGAUCGGGGUUGGGCCCCUAGUGAUAGUGAUGAGUGUUUUUUCUCUAGUGGUGUCACACCUUCACCUUAUUCUCGUGUCAGAAAGCGGAAAACUACCAAGUGACUGUGAUCCCUCGACGUCUCUGGGAAAUUUUGAAAAAUUCUGCUCAAGUGGACCUGGAGCGAAAACAAUAUCGUGAACAAGAUGAUAGGUCCGUGGUUCUGGCUGGUGCCUAAAUGGUGGCUCUGAGGGGUCCUAUGAAAGCAUGAGGGAACGAAGGCCCUCUGCUAACAACACCCCGAAGAGGGCCCCACCAGCGCCACCGAGAGAAGCAGACGUAGCAGCCAAGAAGGCGACAGGGGGUCCAGUCGAUUUCUACCAGACGCCAAGGCUUUCUUCAACGGUCAGUGGCAAGAUGGUAGCAUCGACUAACAACCUGGAAGAUCUUGGAAUUAAUCAUCCAGCGAAUGCCAGUAUUGAGAUUCGACAGCAGCAACAGCAGCAGCAAGGUCAUGCUUGCAAAUCGGCUGUAACAGCUCAGGAUAAACGCAGCAGACUCAGUAAUGUGAUAAACAAUCUCAGGAAGAAGGUGCCAGAGCCAAAAAGUGAAUCAUCUUCAUGCACAAAAGAGGAUGUCAGAAACAGUGUUGAACGGAAUCUCGAAACUCUCGAGCAGUACGUCAUGACUGUGCUGAACGGAGUCAUCAAAGAUCAGGAGGAGAGCAAUCUAGAAUCUAAUGUAGAGAAAUUAAAUGAUUCUACAAGAAUGAAGGAUCCGGAGGACUCUGAUGAGGGGUUUGUCAAAAAAGGAGAUGAUUCUAAAGACUGCGAGAAUAGACUCGAACCUUCCGUACCUGCGAGCGAGGAGGCGAAAGUUAUAUCCAUCAAGGGGCCCAGUGCAAACCUCCGAGGUUUGGAAGAAGAGAAAAAAGACAGCAACAUUUCGAUUGCAGAUGAGGGAGCGAAAAUCGAAAAGAGAGAAGAAAUCAGUAAAGAGGAAGAGGAAGAGGAAAUUGAGAAAAGGAGUCGAACGCUUGGAACAAUUAUAAUGGAGAGGUUAACUGAUCAUCAGGAUCAGAAGGAGGCUCCUAAGAUGGUGGACGAGACUUUUAAGAAGUUCGAGGAAUCUUCAAAAAAUUUGGAAUUGCAGAGGGUCUGUAAGGAACUUCUGAAUGAUCUUCUGAACGACAUUGUUCAAUCGGUUCAUCAAACAGAAUCAGCAGACUUAACGAAGGCUGAGGAGAGUCAGAAAAUUGUGCAAAAAAAUGUAAGUUUGGAGAGUUUGAGGACUAGUCUGCAUUGUAGUUUGCCCUUGGAAAAAGUCGCCUCGGUGCUUCAAACCUGUCAGGUUUCUGAAGGUGCAAGUCAAACUUCUCCUAAGGUUUCCAACAAAACUUCGACAAAAGCUACGUCUCCAACUGUUAGACACCUUUGUCUGUACUGUGACAGAAAAUUCCUGUCGAUCUCCUUGAGACAAAGACAUACGGACAGAGUUCAUCAAUUAGGAGGUGGAAGGCGAUCAGAAAGAAAUUCGAAAAAGUCUUCGCAAAGCUGCCAGUACUGCUCGGACAAAUGUGUAGAGAGUUUAGAAGGUCUCUUUGAGCACAUGAUUGGAAAUCACGGGGACAAGUACCAUGCUUGCCUUCAAUGUGUGACGAGAUACCUUACGAGGGAGGCUUUGAUUAAUCACACAAAUGAAGCACACAGCACCAGUCAUGACAGAAUUGCAGCAACACAUGAAACUUUCAAAGAAAUUUCUUCAGUCAAGGAGCUGCCGAUACCCUCCCGAGAGAAGGCGGAAGUAUCUUCCAAAGAAAAAAAAGUAGAAGACGAUCCGGAAUUUCGUGAAAGCUCUACAGUUCCCGUCUCCAACGCAAUAAACAAAGAUCUCUGCAGUAAUCCUGGAAGUCCGGAAUUCGAGAGUUCUUUCUACAGUAGUGUGAGCUGUAAUAUUCGGGAAAAUCUUCUUCAUCAUUUAGAUGGCAAGAUCCAAGCAAACUCCACAUCCCCCUCGAAAUCUUCCAUCGUAGACCUAAAAUCUCAGUCCUUCUGUGAACAAAGCACCAACCAGAUGCAAUUUCCCAUCGACAUUUCCCUCACAGCCGUCACUCCCGUCUACAACAAAGACUACUCUUCAGAAGAAUUUGCAAAUUCGAGCGAGUAUGCACAGAAACCGCGAAAAAAUUGCAGAUCUCAUCCUCGAAGGGUAUCCUUCGAAAAAUACAACUUCCCGAGGAAGUACGAUGGAAAGGAGCAGUGGACUUGUUCCAUAAAAGAUCUAAGUAAAUUUGACAUCUCUACGCAGUUGUCUCUACGAAAGAAGCAGCAGCUGAUCAAAGAAGGCGAUACUUUAAGUAGGCUGAAUCAAGUACCCACUCUGGGUUUAUCAAAGUCCGAUUUUGUUCAAACUGAACUCAACGAAUCGGAUGAGAAGAGUUCAAGUUCUAGUCGUGUUGUGGCAGGUGUUGGAAAUACCAAAGCAGGGAAUUCAUCGGAGGAGAAUCCUGAAGACAGCAAUGAUGUCCUAGUUGGUCAGGAGACUGAAUCCAGCAGUUCUUCUGCACCUUCCACCUCCAAAGGCAAUCAAUUCGAAUGCGAAUUCUCCACGGAAUUUUCAAGCGAGUUUCAAAGUUUUCUCAGGCUGAAAAAGUGGGGCGACCCUAGCCAGGAUCAUCUUGCAUUGAGCAAUCAUGUCGUGUACGCUGAACUCACUGGCGAAUGGUCCAGACCACGUAUUUACAUAUGUGGUGCCUGUGCUGCUAAACAAGAAACUUUGAAGGAAAUGGAAGAUCACAAGGCAGCGAUGCAUCCAAACGUGUGGUGUUCGCACUAUGAAUUUUCCGGCGAUCAACUGGAGCUUUACAAGCACCUAUUCCUACCAGGGAAAAGUUCGGCGAGCUCUAAAGUUAAGAAUCUGGUACUUCCAGAGAAAAUUUGCACCAAGUGUUCCAAAAGUUGUAGCAGUUUGGCCGAAUUACACAAACACAUGUUAGAAUGCGGGGGUGAUCAAGCUUGGCUUUUGGGAUUAUUUGGUAACGGGAAGAAGAAAUGCAAGUGGCGACCUUUCGGAAGUCGCAGCAGAAGACGAAGAAAUCGAGGAAUGAAGAGAAAUAUUCAGAAUUCACAGACUCCAAGGAUCAACGUUCCAAAAGAAAAACAACCAACUGGACCUAGAGUUCGACCCAGUGAUCGUGAGAGUAUUCAAAAGAUGCUCGCAAAUUUACCACCGAAAAGAGCAACUCGAAAAGUCUUGCAAGAGAGUGCCGCGCGUUCUCAGGGUCGAUUACGGAAGGUUCAAGCAAAAUCAAGAUCCGGCCUAGUCGACACUUCCUCAACUCGUCUCUCGCGCAGCAAAGCAGUUCUUCGCAACAAACUCCUGAAAAAUGCAAAAUCCUUCCAGCGAAAACGCUGCCGAAACGAUAAUAUUUCUGCGGCAAUCGAAACCGUCGUGAGUUUUCAUGAGCAGAAAAAAUUCAGUCAAGCCUCGAACAAUGCACAUACUGUCGGCGAUCCAUCAGAAACCGGUCGUCGAACAAGAAUGGUCAGAAAUGUCAAAGUCCUAAGCAAGAGAAAGACUAUCAAAACAAAGGAAAGUAUAAUCAGACACAUUGAACAUCCAAAAACUCGUGCUCUCAAAUCAAAAUCUGCUUCUCCAGUCGAAGCUUCCGCUGCUAGAAGCAGUCCUAGGGGUGAAACCAGUAAAAUCAAUGACCCAGUUAUUACCAAAGGCAAAUCAAAUAUUGUAAAAUCGAUUUCUCAAUCUCCUGCGAACGGAACUUCGGCUGGCAAUUCGUUAAAGAAAAAGAAAACUGUAGAUCCAAUUGCCUCACUGAACGCAUCGAUGAAGGCAAAGUCUCAGUUGAGAACCAACGACGGAAAAUUCGCUCGUAGUCCUUUAAAAACUUCCAAGUCUCUCCCAAAGUCAGACGAUUCAAUUGAAUCUUCUAAAUUACCUCAAGGUUUGAAAAAACGCGGCAAAGGUUCUUCUGCUUCGGGUCCUUUUCUUCGGUCAAAGCUUAAAGUUGCCCAGCAUCUGAUGAAAGAUGCGGUUAGAACUUCGCGGAGAAAUUCAAGAUUAUCCAGUGACAAAAUGCCAACAUUAGAACCGGAAAUCGAGUCAUCUGUCAAAGACGAUACCCUGGAAAAAUCAUCAGCUGAUUUUCCAAUUCUAUCACCUGUGCCAAGCACCUCUCAGCCAAAAGAUUUACGUUCUUCCUCGAGGAAUUCGUCUUUGGGGAGAAAAUCUGAAGGUGGUAAAGAUUCAACUCAAAAUAAGGUAGAUAUUUGUUCAAAGGAAGAAGUGAUUGAAACAGAGGAUAAUAAUAAAUCGGAAGAGGGAAAAAGAAAAAGACUGAAGAAAACUGUUAAGAAAGAGAAAGAAGUCAAUGAUGUUAAAGAAGUUAAAGAAAUCAAAGAAGCAAAUGAAUUAAUGAACACUAAAGAUAAAGACGUUUCCGAACAAUUGGCACCUUCUGUCGCUAGAGACGUUCGUGGACAAGCUAGAAAGAGUCUUCCUGCGAAAGUUGCUGAAAAGAAAGAUUCUUCUAUUAGCUUGAGAAGAUUCAGUAAUUCAUGUACCUCGAAUAAUAAAGAAGACGAGUCGGAUAAUGCAGAAAGUGAAACAGUAUUGACAAAAAGGGAUCUUUCUCUGGAAUGUAAACGGCUCUCUAAUCCGAAUGAGGAUUUGCUGAAAAAUCUUGAUCUAAAGUCUGCACAAAGUCCCAAAAAGAAUACAAAAUCCGUGAAAUCCAGGAUUGGAUCCGAGGAUAUUGACCCUAUUUCGAAAGCCGGGACAAAAGCGGAGAAACCUAGUGUAAUGAGAAAGUCACCGAGAACUGCCGAGAAGAAGAAUUUGUCGCUCGAUAACAAGGAGCCAGAAAAUGAAGUCGCCGAUAAAUCGACUGAUCCUCCAAGUUUGGAUGAAUCUUUUAAAGUAGGUUCGAUCGAAGAUAAUAAACUAGAUUCCGAAAAACAGAAACAUGAUGAAUACGAACUUGAAUCGAGCACAAAAAAUAAUAGUUUGGAGGUCACUCCAAGCACUUCUCAAAAUAAAACUAUUAGCAAACGCAAGAAACGAAUUGAAACUUUAGAAAAAGAAGCCGAAACACUAGAAGAGGAAGUGCCAAAAGAAGUUGAUGCACCAACUGCUAAAGAAGAUGAUAUAAUCACGAAAAUUCCGGAAACAACAGCAGAGUUGGUGAAUCUCAGUCUUGAAACUAUUCAGCAGGAAUCUGGCAAUUCGAACAUGGACAGUGGAAAGGAAAAUUCACUGGAAAUGUCGAUGAAUGUUGCAAAACUAAAAGUCACGCGUCCAAAGAAAACGAGAAAUGCUCGCAAAGAAAGAACUUCAAAGAGGUCGUUAAAUAAUGUGAUUGGAAUUUUAACAGAGGGGAUCAACAUACCAAUAGAAGCGCAGGAAAGCGUUGUGCUCACCUUGCAAACAUCUUUAGAAAUUACUAAUCCAGUUAGUGCAUUUCAAAAUAACGGUGGGUUGCUGAAUGAAAAUAAUGCAACGAGCGAACCUACUGAAACUGUGAGUCGUUUGGAUUCGAAUGUGGUUGACAGUAGUUCAGAAAACCCUAUAAUCGAAGACUCGAAAGAAGCUGAGCCGAAAACAGGUGGAUCUAAUGAAAAUGUGGAAUUACCUAAAGUUGCUGAAACGACAAGCAAAGAUCCGCCUACUAAUGACAUUAUUUUGGAUCUUUCUCGUCGGAAGCCGAAAGGGAAAGGAUCAUUUCUGGAAAGAAUUGUCUCGAAGAUUGCGAAAAAAAAGGAUGUCUUAUUGGAAAGUGAUGCCGUGUUUUCCUUGGAAAGUGCGAAUGAUGAUCUUCGUAAUGUUCCGAACAAUGCUGGACCUGUUUUGACUGAAACGUGUUCUGAAAAUUCUGAAGUGAAUCAGAAUACUGAUAAGGAUCAAAAACCUCAGUCCUCCGUUUCAGAGAAUAACGAUACGGAAGUUGGCGAAAUCAGAGGAACUGAAAUGGGAAGUGAGUCUGCUAGAAAAUCAAAAAAGAGAUCUUUGGAGGCUAAUUCGCCAAAGAAAAAUAAACGUAAAAUCACAACUGAAGUUUCGGAAGAAGCGGAAGUUGAAAAGGAACUUUGUUUUGGAGAUAUUAUGUCGCUUGUGCACAAGUCGGUUGUUCCUGCAGAUGACAUUGCUGAUGAGCAGAUGGUAGUUGAGAAAAAAGUGUGUGAAGAAAAAGAGGAAACAGAUGAAAUAUCUCUAGAAAAUGAGACUUCAAUAAAUGAAAAGCAAAAUAUUGAAGGAAAUAUUGAAACCUCAAGGAGAUCUAAACGACAUUCUAAAAAUGAAAAUUCCCAAGAUCAAGAACUGUUAAACAUUCCGAACUCUGGUGCAAAAGUAAUUGCAGAAUCCCUGAAAGUAACUCGAAAAUCAUCAAGGAAGUCCGUUAAGCAAGAUAACAUUGAUAAAUUGGAAGAACUUGCAUCUGCUAAGGAAGAAGUUCAAUUACAAAACAAUGUCACGAAAUCUGAAGAUCUUCCAGAUGUUCAAAGUGUCAUUGCACCUUCAGAGAAUAAUUCCUUGUUGAAUGACUACGUUAUUCCUGAAGAUUCUGAGCAAAAAGUGAAUUCUGGAGAAAUAGAUAAUGAAAUAAAUUAUUUGAGUGAAAAAGUUGAUGAUCAAGCAUCAGUAAUUGACUUAAAAUCAGAGGUUAAUGAUGUUCAGCAUGUGGAGAAAAAAAUAGAGAAGAAACGGCCACGAAGGAAGUCGAAGAAAGACAUGUCGUUAAUUGAUGAAAAUCGUGUUCUUCCGGAAUCAUACAUAGAAGGAAGCGAUUGUAGUUUAGGAAAUAAAGAUCGACAGACUAAGAACCUCGCUGAAGAGCAUUUAGAAUUAUCAGAUGAUGAUUCAGCUCUAAAGUCGUCUUCGGAAAAAGUCUCUCAGUUUUCUGGGGAAAGCGAUGAUUCAGAAAGUGUGAAAUCUUUCAAGCGUCCAAAGAACAGGUCAAGCAAAAGAAUUGAUAAAGAUUCGGAUUCCGAAAUGUUUAAGAUUCCAAACGCUUUUGGCACGAACAAGCGUUCCUCGAAACGAAAAUCGCUUCUUAAUGAGAACUUGGAAAGCACGGAUAAUUUUUCAUCGGAAGAUACGAGUGCGAGUGAAUCUUCAGGUUUAGUUUCUGAAGAGUCCGAAGAUAAUUCGACAAAAAAGAGAUAUUCUAAGCGCAGGCAAAUUGUAAACACUCCUUCAGAAUCGGAGGAUGAUGUGUCUACAGUUUCAUUUUCAACUACGGCAAAAUCAAGUAACGAAGAAAGCAAUAUGAGAAAACGUCAGACGCCUGGAAGAAAAGCUAAACAGAAUGUUUCUUUGCCCGACGAGCACGUUGAUCUUCCAAUUGAUAAAUCUCCAAUGCAGGAAGAGGAGAGCUCUGAUGAGAAAGUCGGAGUUGCUCAAAGUGCCACACCCGAAAAGAAACAGCUAGGAAGAAAGCCUAAGAAGAAUUUAAUUGAUGCUAUUAAACCGGAUAAUGGAGUAGAGAAUGCUGAGAGUUCAGGAAUAUCCGAGGAAGAGCAGAAUAUUUCAGGAGGUGUGCCGAGUAUUUCAUUUGGGAAAAAGCGAGCAGGGAGAAAGCCUAAAAAGAAUAUUUCUCUGGUCAAUCAAGAUCUGAUUUCCGAAGAUACUUCAGGAACGGAUAAUGAAGUGAAGGACACUUUGGAAAAAUCUGUGGAGGAGAAAUUGUGUGAAGGAAUACAGACACAGUUGACAAGAUCAGAACUUAUGUUUGUCUCUAAUAUGGAGAAUAAACGUCUAGGGAAGAAAUCUAAGAAUAGUACCUCGCUUGCUGAAGAGCAUUUACUUCUCGAUGAUGUGCCGAUGCAGAAGGUGGAUGCAGGAGAGAAAAUUAAAGAGAAAGUUUCUCUAGAUGAUAGGGUAAAUGUUGAGCCGCUGAAAGCAGAAAUUGAAACUACUCAAAAUGUAGUAACAGAAGGGAAACGACCUGGAAAAAAACCUAAGAAGAACAUUGCAUUGACUGAUAGUUUCACGACAUCUGAUGAUGUUUCAAUGCAAAAAGAAUUACAAGUUGAGGAGGAAACAAAGUCUAACCCGGAAACGAAAACUGAUUCAGAAAGAGAAACUACUUUGGAAGUUCAGGCGCCGGCGAUUUUGAAAAUUCAGAGUAGUUUAACAGGAAAGAAACGACCUGGCAGGAAAGCGAAAAAGAAUAUUUUAGUGGAUGAAGUUUCAGUUCCAUAUCAACAAAAAGAUGAUAUUGGAGAGGAAAAUAUAAAGGAAUUAGUGCAAAGUUUGGAAGUGCCUCAAAUCCCGGAAGUUGAUGAGAGUAAUUUAGAAAAGAAACGACCAAGAAGAAAAUCUAAGAAGAAUAUUUCUUUAGUUGAAGAACAUCUUUCGCUUUUGGAUGAUACAAUCCUAGAAGCUUCCAUAGUGAAGCCAAAUAUAAUCCCGAAUCUAGAGGAAUUGGUGACAACGGAAGAAGUAGAGAUACCUGAAAAUCUCGUAGACUUGACUCAAAAUAAAUCACCGGAAAAGAGGCGAACAGGAAGAAACCCUAAAAAUUUUUCAACACAACAUUUCGUGGAAAAGGUUGAAGAAAAGACAGUGGAGAAACUAGAGGAGACAUUGGUGGAACCGAAUAAUUUAGAAAUUGAAAUUAACCAAACCAACUGUGAAAAGAAACGUCCAGGUAGAAAACCAAGGAAAAACAUUGUUGUGGAAGAUCCUACUCAAGCGGCUGAAUCAAUAAUCCGAGGAGAAAACUUUGCAGAAGUUGAUAAAACUGUUGCUGAAGAAUUCAAUGAAAAAGAUGAUGCAGCUAUCAUUUUGAAAAAUGCCGAAGUACCAAAACGGGAAUCCGAGACUCCGGAAAGAAGAAGACCAGGAAGAAAAGCCAAAAAGAAUAUUUCUCUGGUUGGUGAACAUUUGAGUCUCACUGAUGAUUUGCCAGCACCAAAUGAUGUCCCCGGAGAAAUACAUUUAGUAGAAAAAACCUUGGAAGAGACAAGCGAAAGAAAGCGGCCAGGAAGAAAAUCAAAGAAAAAUAUUUCCGAGCUAGCAGAAGAAUUAGAAAUAAAAAAUCUGUCAGAAUUAGAAAUUAAUUUGCCAGAACAGUCGCAAGCCUCAGACAUUGAAAUUCGUAGUGCCUCUCUGGAAAGAAAGCGAUCCGGAAGGAAAUCGAAGAAAAAUCUUUCUUUGGUGAAUGACUCUGUUGUUCCUAAAGAUUCUGUGCAGAAAUUACAUUCUGGACAAAUAGAUCAUGAAUUAGAUGAUUUGUGUCAAAAAGAUAGUGAUCAUGUAUCAGGAAUUGAUUCGAAUUUACAAGUUAAUGAUGAUGAAAAUACAGAGAAAAUAGAGAAGAAGCGGCCCAGAAGAAAGUCUAAGAAAGAUAUAUCGUUACUUCCCGAAAAUCUUAUUCUUCCUGAUAAGAAUGCUUCUCAAAAUAAGGAAUCUGAUCAAAUUCUAGAAAAUGAACAUCCGUUAGAAACAACUAACGUAAUCGCUGUUCAUAAUGAGUCAGCAGAGAAAAAACGACCAGUAAGGAAAUCUAAAAAGCAUACUUCCCUCUUUGAGGAUCACCUUACUGGUGAAAUUCCAAUUCAGAAUUCUGCAAAUGAUGAAAAAACAAUUAAAGCUGGAGGGCAAGAGAAAACAAAAGUAACAGAAAAAGAAUCAGAAGAAGUGAUUCAAUCAGCUGCCGAAGUUUUGGUUCCAAAUACAUUGUUGGAAAGAAAACGACCUGGACGAAAGGCUAAGAAAAAUAUUUCCUUGCUGGACGAACAUCUUGAUCUUCUGGAUCAUGUUGAAACUCUUAAAGAAAAGGAGCAGACUGUAGAAGAAGAAUCCGUUAAAGUUAAUUCGGUAGUGAACAUAAAGGAAAAAAUAUCAGAAGAAUCCAAAACUUCAGUGGAUAAUACUGCAAGAAGCGAAUCUUCGGAGAGGAAACGAAAGACAUUAAAAAGAAAAUCCAAAAAUGUAUCCUUAGUUGAUGAGCAUCUCGCCCUUUCUGAUGAAAAUAAAGCUGAACAAAGAGAAGAUUCCAACAAAAAGCCGGUUUCGAGUUGUAUGAUUUCAGAUGAUGUAUCAUCAACCUUGGAAAAUGUAACUUCGAUAUUAGAAAAUGAAGUGUAUCUGAAAUCGUCAUUAAUUGAUGAACAUCUCGAUUUGCUUGAUUCUUCCAAGCAAGAAGAAUUUGCAAAAGACGAUAUUGCUGAAAUUGCCGAAGAUAAAAUACUGGAAGUGCAAGAACAAGAGUCAGAUACAAUUGCUUCUGAAAAGGAACCAUCCGUUCGAAAAGAAAUUGAAACAUCUCUCGAGCCAGACUAUCAGGAACCUUCAGAAUCAAAAGAAUCACUAGCAGAUGAUUUACAAACACCAAAGAAACGCCCGGCUGGAAACUUUGCUGUGGUGCACACAAAGUCCGGGGAAAUCUUGAUAGUGGAAAAGAAAAAGAAACUGACAAAAGAAGCUGCCAAAUUCUUCUGCGAUAUUUGCGCGACGAGUUUCACCAGAAAGAGUUCGCUAAAGAAGCACAAUAUUUCUCAAUCACAUCUUAUACAGAUUAAUCACACAACUGGCAAAGAACAUGAAAAGGAAAUCACACCCAGAAAUGAAGAAGAGACUAUUCUUGAUGAUGACGAGAAAGCGGAAAAAAUAGAUGUGGAGGUAGAAGAGAGAAUUGGAGAAAGUUUGUCGAAUAAUGAAAAUUUGGAGAAAACUGAAGGUUUUCCAAACGCUUCCUCUGCACAGAGUUUAAUUCUAUCGAACGAAAAUUUGGAUAAAUAUUUCGAAGAGAAGAAAUCCAUUCCGGAAAAGAAGAUCCAAGUUGCACUCACUGUUCCAACCCAACCACCAGAGGAAAAUAUGGAAGAUGAAUUGCUGGAUGAAGAGAUUUGUAAAAUAACGGAGAAUAUGACUCAUGAUGAAUACGUUUUGACUGAUCAUAUUAGUCCCGUUUUUCCGGAAGCUGCAUCCACGCCAAUUAAGAAUUUAGAGACCAAAGCCGAAAUUACUCACCUCGAAACAGGCAAGAAAAAAGGUAAGAAGACAAGGGGUAAGAAGAAGAAUUUGGCUGAUGAACAUUUGGAUCUUAACACUCCAGAACCCAAUUUUGAUACCAGUACCGAAUCUCAAACUUCACUUGAAGACGAUUUCGUUGACAAGAGUUCAAAUCUCAUCCUGGAUAUUUCUGCAAUCGAAGAACCGGUUUCGAUAGCUUUGUCGGAAAUUGAGAGCGAAUUAAAUAUUCAGAAGCCUGUACAACAACUCGAAAUAGAGGCGACAAUACCUGAAGAAAUAAACGUUUCUGCUGAAAUUAAAACACCUGAUACAACCAAGGUAAAACGAAAGACGCGAAAACAAAAUACAGAGGCAGAACAAAUUGUCGAGGCUAACACGAAUUUGGAAAAUUCAUCUAAACGUGUUUCGUUGAGGUUCGGCAGAAGUCAGGAAAAGAAAGAAGAUACGUCGAGGCCAAGGAGACAUCAGAACAAGCAAAAUUACAAGGAAUACGAAGCUUUGGAUUUCGAGCAAAGUGAAUUGGAUCUUGAAAAUUCCACGAGUAAACGGGAGACUUCAAAAUCGAAAAAAAGCACUGCGAGUAGUCGAGAAUCUUCGAGAUCUAAGAAAAAUCAGCAAAAUGAAAAUAGUAAAAAAGAGGUUGUCUCUCAGAAUAAAAUUGAAAAUAGAACGAGAGGAAGACCGAAGAACGAUGAGCAGAAUGAGGAGAAGGAAGAAAUUAAGACUUUUGAGACUCUAACAGAGUCCUUGACUCAAAUUCUAGGAACUGAGAGUGAAAGUAACUUGACUUUUAAAAUUCCUGAUGGAGAGCGAAUUCAAGAUUCUUUGCUUUCAAGUUUGGCGAAUGAUGUGAAAUCAAACUCUAAACUUGAAGAUCCAAAGGCAAUAUUUGGCGAGGAGGAUGACUUGAAACUAGAUUUCUUAAAUGUUGCCGAAAGUCUGAAAGCACAAGAUGAUCAAGUGAAAUUUAACACAAACGAUUCUGUUAUCACGGAAUUCGAUAGCGACGAUAAUUCACUGAACACGGAUAUGUCAGUGGAUAUUCAAAAGUUGCUCGAUGAUCCAGAGUUAAGUAUGGAUAAUAAUAGUUCGCAGACUGUUUCCAACAAUGCGAAAGUUUUGAGUAAAGUUGUUGAAAGUGAGCUUUUGAAUUUAACUGAAAUUGUGGCGGAAGGUUCAACCUUGAUUGAAAAUUACGAAGUGGACAAGAUAAUUGAAGAUAAAACUGAAGAUGCAGUACUAGAAGAAAUAGAAAAUAAAACUAAUGAUGAAAUCGAACCCGAAAUUCCUCGGAUUGCAGAACGUCUAGACGAAGGAAAUGGUAUCGUAGAUCAAGAAAUUGUUGAGACUAGUGUAGAAAGGCAGCCAAAGACUUCCAGAUCAGAGAAAGGUAGCGGUAAGGGACACAAAUCGAAGUCAAGACAGAAGAAAGGCUCAUCAAAAAAUAAAAUAGUAGAUGUAAUUCAAAGUGAAGUCAGUGAUAAUGAAUACGCAACAGAAGCACAAAAUAAAAGUAAAAUCGUCCGAAGUGUAUUCGGUCGUGUUUUCGGCGGUGAGAAGAUUGAUAAAGUCAAGGAAGUUCUUGAAGAUUGGAAUUCCAAGUCGGAAAGUUCAGACAAUGAGUUGAAUAAAUCCAAGGAAGCUGAUUUAUUGAAACCUUCUAGAGGAGCGUCAAAACAAAGAAAAGAUGCAAAGAAGAAACGCCGGUCACGAAAUUCUUCUGCUUCAGGCAGCACGAGUCGAGGAACAACGCAUAAAGUGAAAAAUGAAAUUAAUACCCCGAUUUCGAAAACUCGACAAGAGGAGGAUCAAUUUAAAACCAGCAGAAUUGAAACUUCUCUCGGAACUUCGGAACUCUUAAUAACAAGUUCAAGAUGCAGACAAAGUAAAAAGAGGGCUGAAGAACGUAUUUCAACAAUUUCAAGAGUUUUCGAUGAGUCGCCAAUUCCUGAUUAUGAUUAUGAUGAUGAUGAUGAUGAUGUUGAUGCUGGUAUAAGCAAGAGUCAGAAAGAAUCUAAAUACAAAGAAGCUUCCCAUGAAUUCAAAACCCAAAAAUAUUCCGAGAAUAGUUGCGAUUUCGCAGGAGCAUUAGAGGCGAACCAAGGCCUUGUGAAAAAAGACAGGAAGAAAAGCGAGAAGAGUUGGGAAGAAAUUUUCACUGGAAGUAAAACAGACUCUUCCAGGAAAGCUGCCCCUUUUGAUCCGCCUCUAGAGACUGACUUUAAAUCAAAUGAAUAUUUGAGUCGCCUGAUUGAUCGAGAAUCUGUAACUUCUGUCGAGUCGAGUCUGAGGAGUCACUCGCCUUUGUCGCAGAAUUCAGAGGAGGAUCACAUUGAAGAUGACAUUUUAAGGAGACGAAUGUCUCCGUUUUUCGAUUACAAUAACUCUUAUACUUCGUUGGGCAGCAGUACGAAUAGCAAUGACGAGGCGAUUGAAGAAGAAGAACUGGGCAAUAAUGAGAGUGUUGAGGAGAAAAAGGAAAUUCGCCGGAAAAGUUGUUCAAGUGAGUUUUCAGGCGAGAAAAUAGUUAUUCGAUCGCCUCUUGCGAGCCAUGAGAACCGAGUGGAAAUUGUGACGAUUGCACCAACAGAUGCUAUCGAGGACAAUGCCUUGGAUGUGCCCCAGGAAAUUAUAACGGCGACGGCAGCUAUGAGUUCGACGUCUCAACAUAAAUCGAGACAGGGGAAGGUUUUGAAUUUUGAUCAGGAGUUGUUUGUAGAAUGUUGCUCGAGACUUAAGGCAACAACGGAAAAGGAAUUGAGGGGUGCGAAGAAAAUUAAGUUGGACCAUUCGGAAACUUAUCGCAAGGAUAAUCCAGCGCAGAUUUUCCGAUCGUCAAGAGACAGAUGGAGAGAUGUCGAGAGUCAAAACAGUCUGGGGAGUCUUCUCGAAUCUGUGAAUCAGUUGCUGGGUGAGGAAAUGUACAGCAAUAACGAAAAAGAUAAUGAGGGUCGAGAAAACAGGAGUGAACGGUCGAGUAGAUCAGCAAGUCCGGAUGCAUCUCGAGCUGACAAUCUUGGCUACGAGGAUAGUCUAGAUGUCGCCUUCGAGCACAACAACAAACUCAGGGACAAAAUUCAACAGCGGAUGAGGGAAAGUGAAAACCUAAUAUCGAAUACUUUUGGGCAAAAGAGCAAUAACAGUGGCGAAUUUCAGCGCAAUCAAUUUAUGCAGAGGGACGAUCGAGAGGAAAGUGUACACGUUUAUGGAAGGGUGCAGAAUCAAUUUAGUCUGCCUAAUCUCAACAAUUCCAAUGGAGUCUAUGGAAGUGGUUCAAACAAGGGAAAUCAAUCGUUUCCUGGUGGUCCUCUGGACAAAGCGCUGACCAACUUGCUGCACAACAAUAGCAAGCAUGAUCACAAUGGAUCGAAUCCCAUGAAGGUUUUGGCCGAACUCGCUUGUGCCCGGGUUCCAACAGCCACAGCUUUCACGAAACUUCCCCCUGAAACGCAAGAUUCCUUAUUAAGCACAACAAACCAAAAGGAGUCUGUGAUAAAAAAACCCAGAAAUCCAAUCAAGGAACUUUUCGAGCGAAAAAAGGAAAUCUACGAGCGCAAGCAAAUUGAGAAAGCCAAAACUGUUUUCAUGUCCAGAGCAUCACACUCACAGAAGUCGAGAAGAACAAAGAAAACGAAAAAGAAACAGGAAUUCCCUCUGAUUCGCAACGAUUACUAUGAUGGUUUAGCCGAAAAGAAGAAGCGACACGAUACCUUUGACAAGAGAGAAAAUCAAGAUUCAUCAAAAACAAAAGAUAUUUACGACUUUGAUGAUGAGGAUAGUCAAAUUGAGCCUGCAAUUGGUCCUGUUCUUUCCUACAGAAGUAAGCUCGAAUUGAGUGGCGUCAAAGAGAGGAGUGUUGACAUGUCGAAUUUGAUGUCAAAGACGAUUGGGGACACCUUGGGAAACGGCAAGACUAGCGGCAACUUGAGUAAAAGAUUGGCGUCGAUGGUUGAUCAUAAAUUCAAGGACAUCGAGAAGUUUGCUCCGAAGACCAAAGGUGCACUGAAGUCCUACCAGAGUGAAGAUAAACUCGUCACUGGGCCAAUGGACGGUUUCAUUGAACGGAAAAAGAGUUCGAAACGCGCUGUGCAACAGCCGAGUAAACAUCCCAAGUUGAAGAAGAAGGGCAAGAGUGCGAAGAAGAAAUCUAGGAACGCGUGGUACGAAAACGACAGCUCUGACGAAUUCAUUACCGCAGCCAAGGCGGAAGAUGUGGGAGUUGGAAUAUCAAAGAGUCAACGUACUUGCUCGAAGGGCAAGCAGAAUUUGUUUGCAGAAUUGUCUUCUUCGUCAGAGAGCGAAUUGGUUGAUGACGAAAUUGAGGAAGUUGAGGAAGUUGAGAAAGUUGAAGGGAAGUUGCAUGUGAACCCAAAAGAAGGUAAAGAUGUUGAUUCUGAGACUGAGACUGGUGAUAAAGUUUCUGAGAAGACAAAGAAAAAACUGGAUAUCGAGCUUGAAAGGCCACUUGAAGAAGCUGAAAAUGAGUAUUACAACUGGGGCAGAAAUAGGAUCGACAAGUUUGAAUCAAACUCUGAAUCUGACUCAGAAUCAGAGUCGGAAUUGAUCAUUGAUCUGAAGAAAGACAGCGAUGAUAAUAAAGAAUCCGAGGAUGAAGAGCCGGCGAAAGAAGAGGAGGAAAAGUGUGAUCAGGGAAAGAAAGCAAGGGAUGAAAACCAGUCGAAAAAGGAAUGGAUUCCACUCGAAGAGGCUCUUAAUCUUCUUGAUCAGCACGAUAAUCUCGAUGGAGUGACCAAGGAGGUGAAAAAGUUUACAAAGGCUUCUCGAGCCAAAUCUAAGCGAACUGAAAGUGAGAGUUCCGAUAAAUUGAACAAGGAAUCUAAAGAAAAUCACAGUCCAGUCGAUGAACAAGAAGCACAGGACGAUGAUCUACCAAUUCUUCCCGAAAAACUCACAACCAACGAAAAGCCGCAAAAGGAGUCGGACAAUCUUCCGCUUCACGUUUUUCUCAGCAGGAAAGUUCAGGAGUCCAAGAAGCGAAAGCAGCAGCAGGAACGGAAAAAUAAAAAACUGCAAGAAGCAUCCAUUUCGGAAUUCGAGCCCAUCAGACGUCAGCGAAAAUGCGCGAUAGGAAAGCAGGGCCUACUCGCUGAAAUAAGCAGUUCAGAUGAGGAAAUUUACUCGAAGACAAAUCGCAGAAAAUCGGGGGAACGAUCCGAAAGUGAGAGACCUCGAAAGCAGAAGAAGGAGUCGAAGGAGAAGAGAAAGGAGAGGUACAUUGAAAAAAAGCACGAGCAGAUGAUCGCGAAGGAGCAGAAGGCGAUCGAGGAGGAGAUUCUGCGAGAGUUGGAAAAGAGCAAAGCGGGUCAGGGCUCAAAAGGCCCAGAAGAGAGAGAGGUGCAGAAAUUGGAAAGGGAUGGAGAUAAAAAUUCGAAAAGGAAACAUCAGAAGCAAAAGAGUCAUCAGGAUGAAGAGAUUGAGAAGACAGAUUUGGAUUCUGAGCCGAAAGAGAAGAAGCAGCCAAAGUCGAGCCAAAAGAGCAAGAAGAAUUCGAAAUUGGAGGCCAAAGGGAAAGGUAAAGUGGACAAGCCGAAGAGCAGGAGAAAUUCGGUUUCAAAUAGUAAAGAUCUUUUGGAACGUAGAUUGUCGAGUGGCAAACGAGACUCUGGAGAUGAAUUACGAACGACAAAGUCGUGGAAUAAGGUGGAUGAAGCUGUGGGUGUUGCGAUUGGAAGAAGAAAGCGGGCAGCUGUGAAUCAACUUUAUUAUUGGUCGAGUUCGAGCGAUGAGGAGGAAAAAAUUGAAGCGGCACCUGACAUUGAAGAAGAGGACGAUCGUGUGGAACAGCAUGGUUGGAUUGUUGGUGAUUCCCAUAAGAAAAUGAUCACCAUGUUGGCAAUGGAGAAGCAAUUGAAGGAAAAACGACGAAGGAGUGAGGAUGAAUUUGAAUCUGGGAAGGGAAAGAACAAAAAGCACAGAAACAGCACCUCUUGAUACGUGUUUCAUGACUAGACUGUUUAUAAUUAUGCUAGGAUAACAAUGGAAGCGAGUUUCUUAUUUUUUAGGUUUGAUGUAUUUUACCGAAUUUUGAAUGCUUGAAUUUUCCAUUUUAGUAUGGAAAUUCAUUUUAGAAAUAAGAUCAAAUUCUACUGCCAAGAAAACGAUGAUUUUUACAUUGUUUUGUAAAGUAGUUUUUUUUCGAGUUUAUUUAAACGGAUUUUGUUUAAAUUUCUGACUCGCACGAUUUUCUAGUUAUAAGGGAACAUACGACUUUGUAAAUAAUCGAUAGCGUAACCCCUCAUCCACUCUUCGAGUAUAAUCGAUAGCUGAUAUAAAUACGAAUAUACGAUAAUAUGAUUUAGACUGAAUAUACGAAAAAAAUUGUUAUAAGGAAGUGAGAUUGCGGAGAGGGCACUUGUAGACAAUACUAGUACAUUUUUUAAUGUUUUAGUUUUAUAGUCUUGAUUAAUAGAGAAGUUCUUGCGGGAGAAAAGAUUUAAGAAGAAAUUAACAAAUUACAUCACUUCCAGUGGACAUUGUAAAUAGGGGUCCAAUUGAUAAACGCUUUUGCUAGUUGUUGUUUUUUUUUUCUUUUUUUUGUGAUUCGCAACAUAUCGCAGGAUGAAAAACUAAUUUGUGAGAAAAUUAGUUUGGUGCAAAGUAUAACAUGGCAUUCAAUUUCCGCUUGUUGUGUUGUGAUGAACAGAUCUCAUGUGACACGGUUUUAAUACGGCCCGAUUAAUAAGCUUUUUAACGCGAAAAAUCGUGAUCACUUUUUUUUUGUUUUUUUUUUUUGUUAUUUUUUUUCUUUUUUUCUUAAGCCCAUUGGGUGCACAUAAUAGAGAGUACCUACACAGAAUUUGCAUAUGACAUAAAUAUUAUAUUAUAGACGUUACAUGUAUGACAUAACGAUUAACUAUAACAUAGAUUUUAUUGUAAAUGUACUGCCAUAAUCAUAUUAGCAGAAUGAAAGCCUAUGAGAUAGUUAUAUUAAUAUUAUUCCUGUAAAGAUGAGAGUGUUAGCACAAAAGUAGGAAUAUCCAGUGUAAAUAGAACAUAUUUUCAAUGUGUCUGAAAAAGUAUGUUUUGUAAUAUAAGCAUUGCAAAUGAAAAUAAAAUUAAUAAACAAGAA